AUGCCAAUGCUAAUGAUAACAAAAACAAAAAUAAACACUAACCUCCGCGCACAGUUCCGCGCAACAACCUUCAACCACCCGCCAGUGUCCAUUUUCGAGCCCUUGCCAAACGGGACCUACAAAUACGACGGCCUUGAGGUCCGGCUGCUGAUGACCCUCGCCUCCGCCCUGAACUUCACGGUGGAGAUCUCGAUGCCACGCGAUGGGGAGAAGUGGGGUGCCAAGCUGCCCAGUGGCUCUUGGACAGGUGCGGUUGGGGAGACGGUUCGCGGAGAAACAGACGUGUCUUUCGCUAACUACUUCAUCACGGCCGACCGCCUCAGGAUAAUGGACAUGACGCGCCCGUACUACAUCGAUUACACUUGCUUUAUCACGCCCAUGCCUCAGCCUUUGCCACAGUACACGGCUGUGGCUUGGCCGUUACAGACGUUGGUUUGGGCGGCCGUGGCGAUAACCCUGGUCGUGGUACCCCUUGUAGUACGACUAACCGCCGUCGUGGAACCUCGAGCUUGGUUCUCAAGCUUGUACAAUGCGUACUGGUAUGUGGUGGGCAUAUUUCUGACUCGCUCACACCCCGUACAGCUGGUCCCCUCCACCUGGGGUCUCAGGUUGGUGGUUCUUACCAGCUGGGUUGCUGCCACCAUCAUCUCAGCUGGAUACCAGUCCUCAGUCACCGCGUUCUUGCUCGUGCCGCUGCCCGUCCAGCCGGUCAACACGCUCGAACAGCUGCUGAAGUCUGGUCUGCGCUGGGGCGUCCGCGACCGAGGAGGAUGGGAUGAGUGGUUCAGCAAUUCCCUGGAUCCGACUUCGCGCAAGAUCGCUGAAGGGUUUGAGUUCGUGAACGGCAUCGACAGCGGAAUAGCUCGGGUUAUUGAGGGCGACUUUGCCUUCAUGAACUCCGGGACUUUCCUGCGCUACCUCAUCGCAAGCAACUUCACCAACGCUUACGGCCAGACUCAGCUCCACAUAACCAAAGAAUGCUUCGUUCCCUUCAGAUCUAUUGAAAACACCUUGCGCACACAGUGA